AUGUCAACAAUAACUGAUAGACACGCUCCUCAACCUUCCGUAUUCCCAAAAAGCCAUGUUGGUUUCGAUAGUAUCACAUCACAAAUUGAGCGCAAGCUCUUGAAACGCGGUUUCCAGUUCAACGUUAUCUGCGUCGGACAAACUGGUCUUGGAAAAUCCACCCUCAUCAACACCAUUUUCGCCUCACAUUUGAUCGAUUCCAAGGGAAGACUCACCCCAGAUGAGCCAGUAAGAUCUACCACCGAAAUCCAAACCGUUUCCCACAUCAUCGAGGAGAAUGGCGUAAAGCUGCGACUCAAUAUUGUCGAUACCCCAGGUUAUGGAGAUCAAGUCAACAACGAUAGAUGCUGGGAUCCAAUUGUCAAGUACAUCAAAGAUCAACACUCUGCAUACCUCCGAAAGGAACUUACAGCUCAAAGAGAAAGAUAUAUUCAAGAUACCCGUAUUCACUGUUGUUUGUUCUUCAUUCAACCUUCUGGCCAUGCCUUGAAGCCGAUUGAUAUUGUGGUUUUGAAGAAGCUUUCAGAUGUUGUCAAUGUCGUACCAGUUAUCGCCAAGUCGGAUUCUUUGACUUUGGAGGAACGUGCUGCAUUCAAGGAGCGUAUAAAGGAGGAAUUCGCUUUCCACAACUUGAAGAUGUUCCCAUACGAGAAUGAUGAGUUUGAUGAGGAAGAGAAAGCCUUGAACGCACAAAUCAAGGAUAUCAUUCCAUUCGCUGUCGUUGGAUCUGAGAAGGAUAUCAUCGUUGGAGGCAAGCCAGUUCGAGGACGUCAAAACAGAUGGGGUGUUAUCAAUGUCGAAGACGAAAAUCACUGCGAAUUCGUCUACCUACGAAACUUCCUUACCCGAACCCAUCUUCAAGAUCUCAUCGAAACCACAUCUCAAAUCCAUUACGAAACAUUCCGUGCUAAGCAAUUGUUGGCCCUCAAGGAGAGUAGUGCGGCAGGACAUGCUGGUAGCAGACCAAUCAGUCCAUCAGCUGAUAGAGAGUUGAGCAGAAACUCCCAAAGAAUGACCAUGAACGUAUACUACGCAAAACCUCAAUUGCCAUCCGUUUUCCUAGAUCUUGUUCACGGAACCUUCGCACAGGGCGUUAAACAAAUCCACGCGCUCACCCCUCCAUUCCCAGCACGCUACGUAUUCAUUUCUCCUCCGUCCACCGCAGACCUCUCACCAUACCAAGUUCUCGAGAAGAGAUUGAGGGGCAGAGGAACGGAAAAGGAAGAAUCGAUUCAAAAGCGUUUGGAACAGGCAAAGCUAGAAUUGGAGUAUUCGAAGAAGGAGGGCGUGCAUGAUAAGAUUAUUGUAAAUGACGAUUUGGAGGUUGCGUAUAAGGAGCUGGAGGAUUAUAUCUUUGGUAAGGGGGGAAAGGCCGCGGAUGAGAAGGAGGCAGGUGUUAGUGUUCAGGAUUGA